CGAAACGGGCUGAGUAAUUUAUUUAUUUUAAUUAAUCAAAAUUCAGCUUAGGUCAAACCACUACCGAUCUCAGUCCGUAGCCACCGCUAAUGGGUACUAUGCAAACCCCAAACCCGGCCUUGUAUACCAACCGAAGUCCGAUAACAAACUCACACCCGAACUCGAAUCCCAACUCAGUUUCGGACUCCAAAUCUCCUUCAUACGACGAAGCCUCUAAGUUUUUCUCUCUUCCACUCUCUGAUGCUGCUGAUUCCCUUGGUGUUUGUCCUAGUGUCCUGAAGAAGCUAUGUUACGAAAAUGGUCUUGUGAGGUGGCCAUAUCGGCAGUUUCUCUCCGGAAAGAGUAUUGAAGAAAUUAAGAAGGAUGCUGCAGUAGAAAAAACCAAGCAACUUGCUGGAUUGCCAAAUGUUACAGGACCGAAGAAUGAUGCUUUGUCAAGUUCGCCCAUAUCAUCGUCUAUGUAAGCCUUUAUUCUUUUUACAUCGUCUAGC